AUUCAACUUACAAGUUACUUUUUGCGACACUCGCAGCCUUGUCGAUCGAGGACUAUGCGAACCCUCCUUUAGUCGCCCCAGCUCCUAACGACUUUCCUCUUCUAGAAUGAGCUGUGCUUGAUUUAGAUUAUUCUCUACCGCAGCCAUGGCUACUACGGGACUCGAAGACACUGCUGAGAGUCAAAUUGAGGCCAACUACGGGGAGAUGGUCGGGUCCUUCGAUGACAUGAGCCUCACGCCUGAGCUUCUCCGUGGUGUGUAUGCUUAUGGCUUCGAGCGUCCCUCGACUAUUCAGCAGCGUGCCAUCAUGCCCAUCAUCAAGGGCCGCGAUAUAGUUGCCCAGGCUCAGUCUGGUACCGGAAAGACAUCUACUUUCUCUAUUUCGGUACUCCAAAAGAUCGAUCCCGCGGUGAAGCAAUGCCAGGCGCUCAUUCUGGCCCCGACUCGCGAGCUUGCUCAGCAUAUUCAAAGGGUCGUUGUUGCUAUUGGCGACUUUAUGAACGUGGAAUGUCACGCCUGCUUUGGUGGAACAAGUGUGAACGAUGAUAUAAAGGCCUUGCAGGAUGACCCUCAGAUCGUUGUCGGAACGCCUGGCCGCAUUCAUAACAUGAUCCAACGUCACUUCCUCAAGACUGAUGCUAUAACGAUGCUCAUACUCGAUGAGACUGACGAGAUACUUGCUCGCGGUUUCACUGAGCAAAUCUAUGAUAUCAUCAAGCUCCUCCUGCCUCAGUCGACCCAGGUUAUUCUUCUAUCUGCUACUAUGCCCCAGGACGUUCUUGAGGUCACCACCAAGUUUCUGCAUGAUCCUAUCCGCAUCCUGGCCAAGAAAGAUCGGCUUACCCCCGAGGGUAUUAGACAGUUCUACAUCAUGGUCGAGGAGGAGCGGAAGCUCAACACUCUUUUCGAUCUGUACAAUAUCUCUGCUUCUCGGACAAUCACCUUCUGCAACACCCGCAAAAAGCUCGAAUGGCUGGCGGACAACCUGAAGUCCCGCAACCUUCCCUGCUCCGCUAUACACGGGGAUAUGACUGCCAUUGACCGUGCUACGAUUAUGGAAGAAUUUCGUGCUGGUUCUGCUCAUUUCUUAAUUGCUACUGAGCUACUCGCUCGAGGAAUAGACGUCCAGAAAAUUCCUCUGGUCAUUAACUACGAUCUUCCUGCCAAUCAUGAAAACUACAUUCAUCGUGUCGGUCGUGGCGGAUAUCUUGGGCGGAGAGGCGUCGCUAUCAACUUCGUCACCCCUGAUGAUUCCAACCUGUUGAGAAAGAUCGAACAUUUUUACACUACUGAUAUUAAAGAGAUAACUACUACUGAUAUCAAGCCGCAUCUCCAAGCGCUUGAGACUUGAAGUGUAAGGGAAAGGAUAACUAAGUUGAAUAGUAUUAAGAGUCUAGCCCUCGUGAGUCUAUAUAGGGG